UACUAUUGUACGAAAAGACAAAAACGACUCCCAAGAUGAAUUCAUCGUCAUCGAUAAACGAAAGUGGGGUGUUGAUAAUGUAUCCCCUUCAGCAUCGUUCGUCUACAGAGGUAAUGGCCGAGACAUUUAUUGGAUGUCUCUUGUUUGUUCUGGGACUCACUGGAAACGCACUGGUUUGUUAUGUGAUUCACAAAAAACGCUUUACUAAUUCAUCCAUGUAUUUCUUUAUGCUCAACCUCGCAUACGCUGAUUUACUGGUUUGCUUCGUCUCAAUACCUUUGACAUUACUUUCAACUCGACCACAACCUGUUGUCGUCAAGUUUGGCUCUCUUCCUUGUAAGAUUAUACGAUUUAUCCAGUAUAUCCUUCCUCCUGCCUCCGUAGCAAUAUUAACAGCAACAGCUAUAGAUCGUUACUUUCAUAUUUGUGUGCCAUUAAAGAGGAUGAUCACGACCAAAGCUACGAAACAGCUCGCGGCCAUUUGCUGGGGGUCAGCGCUUAUACUGACUUUACCGAUAUUUUAUUUGAUAGAAACUCAAAAAGUCAUGUACAAUGGAUYUGUAUACGAGUUCUGUAACAUAGAAGAAACAUCAACGUAUCCAACAGCAGGAAUGAUCUAUCUAGUGUUCAGGGGGUGCCUAGGUUUUGCCAUUCCCUUGGCAACGGUUUCAGUUUUGUAUUUCAGGAUCGUACGAACAGUUUGGCAACGUCAGAGUCGCCAUCAGUCAGCUAAUCGACAAAGAGCAAAUGUAGUCAAGUCGUUGUUAACAGUCGUCAUAGCUUUUUCAUUAAGUUGGACUCCAUUUUCCAUCUACAAUAAGUAUUAUCUCUUUAUGAAACCCAAGAGAGAAGACAUUACUCGGCAAGAAAUCAUUUGUUUCUGGAUUGGCCUCACAGCUUCAGUUUAUAAUCCUCUCAUUUACGCCUUUUACAACAAAAAGUUUCGAAAUGCUUUUGUUUCUGUUGUUCUUAAAAAGAAACAGACGCAUAUGUCGGCAUUAAAACCCGCUAAAGUUUCCUAUCGGCCGAGAUCCAGAACUCUACCAGCUGUAUUGUCACUAGAAGAUAGACAACAGUCCAGGGACAAAGAACUGGAGGGACAUGCAACUCUUCUGCUCAACACUCAAAGUAUCAUACGAGGAAAGAAAACACGACAUUUGUCGUUAGCAUUUGAUAUACUGGAUAAAAGUGAGCCAAAGUGUCGCAGCAUCCUUUUUGGCAUAACCAACCUUAGUUAUAACCAAUCAGAAAACAAACAAUUUAUUCCACAUUCCUUCCAUGGAUCGAAGGAACACGUAUCAUCAGGCAUCAUUAACAUAGCUGAGCCUGCCGUAAUCAAAAACAACUGUUCCAGCGCAUGCGUAAGCAAGAAAUGCUUAAAGGAAAUUGUUUUUGUUCCCCGUAUGGUGAAAGUUGAGCCAAAAGCGGAAAACCUUUCGCAAUCGAAGAGAGGUCUUGAAAGCAACUUAAAACAACACACCCAUCGAUACCCCACAGUGUUAAAGAGAUCUCAAACAUUAAGAUCUCCAACAGACCGAGCACAUCAUGUUACUAAGAAUAGAGUAUCCACGCAAAAAACAAAAUUUGACUUCCAAAAACAUGGAAAAUUUUCUCGUUCAAAUUCGUUUCAUUUCCCUUCAUCUUAUAAUCUUUGCAAUGUUAGUAACACUCCUGCGAUAUAAACAGCCUCCCAACUAAAAAACUAUAAAUAAACACGAUGCUAUGUCGAGGUGCAAAAAGGAGCCAUUAUAGUAUUAUAAUUUGGUGUGAAAUAUGAUCGUCCGGGUGAGUGUAGUCUUGAGAAAGACUGUUGUUGGUG